GUGUGGUCGUUUUUAGCUGCGGCAAACGGACAAAGUAUCGAUCACUUGCAACAUCGUUGACCUUGUCCAUUAAUUUAUAAUCUAAAAUAACAACAAAACCAAAAAAGUUGCCAUAAAACACAGCAGUUGUCACAGAAACGAAAGGAAGAAAAAAAAAGUAAAACAAAAUAAACAAAGAAAAAAGUUGUUGACUUCAAGGAUAACCAGCUGACAUGCCACAUAAAUUGGAAUAUUAAAGAAAACGACGGAAAAGUGGUAACGAUACAUAACGAACUUAUUUUGAACGUGUAUCGGGCUGCAUUUAAAAGAGAACUUUAAUUGGCUUUAAGUCGGCAACAUGAACAAAUCGACGGCAGCCAAUUCGCAUUGGCUGGCCGCUUUGCUGGUGUCUUUGCUGUUAUUUUGUCUGAUCCAAACAAUUACAGCCGACGAGGCGUUUUCGUGUCCAAAUGGUUGGGAACUGCGCGGCUUAAAUUGUUAUAAAUAUUUUAACAUUAAACAUUCGUGGGAGAAAAGCGCCGAACUGUGUCGAAGAUACGGUGCUGAACUGGUGGCCAUUGAUACAUAUGCAGAGAACAAUGAAACUUUGGCCAUAGCCCGAGCCAGUGAUCCCAAUCAGCGUGGUUCGGAUAAAUACUGGUUAGGUUUGGCCUCGCUAGAUGAUUUGAGAACGAAUACUUUGGAAUCGGCUUCAGGUGCUUUGAUCUCGCAAUACUCUGGUUUUUGGUCACUGAAUCAGCCCAGUGCCGAUUCUGGUGAAUGCGUGGCGGCCAGUUUUGCCAGCAAAUCUCAGAGCUGGGAUCUGGGCACUUGUGAAUCGUUGUUGCCCUUCAUGUGCCGUGCCCCCGCUUGUCCUCAGGGAGCUCUUCAUUGCGCCAAUGGCUUGUGCAUCAAUCAGGCAUUUAAAUGCGAUGGCAGCGAUGAUUGCGGUGAUGGUACUGAUGAAUUGGAUUGCCCAGCACAGUGUCAUUAUCAUAUGCAAUCAGGUGGCGAUGUUAUUGAAACGCCAAACUAUCCACAUAAGUACGGGGCAUUAAGCAAAUGCAAAUGGACAUUGGAGGGUCCAUUGGGUAGCAACAUCAUCUUGCAGUUCCAGGACUUUGAGACAGAAAAGACUUUCGAUACGGUCCAGAUACUGGUAGGAGGACGCACCGAAGAUAAGUCAGUGUCAUUGGCCACUCUCAGUGGCAAACAGGAUUUGACGACUCAACCGUUCGUCUCAGCCUCAAACUUUAUGAUUGUCAAGUUCACCACCGAUGGCAGUGUGGAGCGCAAGGGAUUCCGUGCUACCUGGAAGACAGAGGCUAAGAACUGUGGCGGUACUCUCAAGGCGACACUGCAACGUCAAAUUUUAACCAGCCCCAAUUAUCCCAAGCAAUAUCCCGGUGGUUUAGAGUGUUUGUAUGUCAUCAAAGCUCAACCAGGUCGCAUUAUUUCCAUCGAAGUAGAUGAUCUGGAUGUGGCCGAUGGACGUGAUUAUCUAUUAAUACGUGAUGGCGACACUCCCAUGAGUCGCACCAUAGCCAAGUUGACGGGAAAGACAUUACAGAAUGAACGCGUUAUUAUCUCCACUGGAAAUGCUCUCUAUUUGUACUUUAAAUCGAGUCUGGGUGAAGCUGGCAAGGGCUUCAGUCUACGUUAUAUCCAAGGCUGCAAGGCUACCAUCACAGCUAGAAAUGGUACAGUCACCUCACCAGCCUUUGGCCUAACCGAUUAUCCCAAGAAUCAGGAAUGCUACUUUACCAUAAGAAAUAAUGCUCGUGCUCCACUCUCAUUGAAAUUCGAUAAGUUCACUGUACACAAAAGUGAUAAUGUUCAGGUAUUUGAUGGUUCAUCUACAUCGGGUCUACGAUUGCAUUCCGGCAAUGGAUUUACGGGAACUGCGGCUCCCAAAUUGACAUUGACGGCUUCAUCUGGAGAGAUGCUAAUUAAGUUCACCUCUGAUGCUUUGCAUAAUGCUGCAGGUUGGUCGGCCACCUUCUCUGCGGAUUGCCCUGAGUUACAGCCCGGCAUUGGAGCCUUGGCCUCCAGUCGCGAUACCGCAUUUGGUACGCUGGUCAGCUUUACAUGUCCCAUUGGACAGGAGUUUGCCACCGGCAAGACGCGUCUGGUAACGGAAUGUUUGCCUGGUGGCAACUGGAGUGUCUCCUACAUACCAAAGUGUCAGGAGGUCUACUGCGGUCCUGUGCCACAAAUUGACAACGGCUUUUCCAUUGGCUCUUCAAAUGUGACCUAUCGCGGCAUUGCCAUGUAUCAGUGCUAUGCCGGUUUUGCCUUUGCUUCGAGUGCCCCGAUUGAGAAGAUCUCUUGUUUGCCGGAUGGACGUUGGGAGCGUCAACCCCAUUGCAUGGCCUCGCAGUGUGCUGUCUUGCCCGAAGUAUCUCAUGCCAAUGUCACUUUACUUAAUGGCGGAGGACGCAGCUACGGCACCAUAGUGAAAUACGAAUGUGAACCUGGUUACGAGAGGAACGGACAUCCGGUGCUUACCUGCAUGUCGAAUGGUACUUGGAGCGGUGAUGUGCCAAAAUGUACGCGCAAACGUUGCUUUGAGUUCCCAGAGAUUGAGAAUGGUUUUGUAGUGGACGCGUCACGUCCCUAUCUCUACGGCGAUGAAGCCAGAGUGCAAUGCUACAAGGGCUAUAAACUAAUUGGCAGCAAUAUCAUGCGUUGCAGUGAGGCUCAGCGAUUCGAGCAGCCACCCACUUGCGAGGAUAUCAAUGAGUGCAGCUCUUCGCAGUGUGACCUAACCACCACGGAGUGUAUUAAUACAAACGGCUCCUUCCAUUGCCAGUGCCGAUCCGGAUUCACAGCAACCACAGAGUGCCGACCAGUUGCAGAUUUGGGCCUAGGUAAUGGUGGCAUUCCCGAUGACAGCAUUACCACCUCCGCCAGCGAACCUGGGUAUAGCAAGAGCUCUCUGCGCUUGAAUACUAAUGGAUGGUGCGGUGCUGCUGUGGAUCCCGGUGCAAAUUGGAUACUGAUUGACUUGAAGGCUCCUACCAUUCUACGUGGCUUCCGCACCAUGUCUGUGCAACGGCCUGAUGGCAAUGUGGCUUUCAGUUCAGCUGUUCGCCUUCAAUACACUAACGAGUUAACUGACGUCUUCAAGGACUAUGCCAAUCCCGAUGGCACUGCCGUGGAAUUCAGAAUUCUUGAACCCACUUUGUCUAUCUUGAAUCUUCCACUACCAAUUGAGGCUCGCUUUAUACGUUUCCGCAUUCAGGAUUAUGUGGGUGCACCUUGUCUUCGCAUGGAGCUCAUGGGAUGCACUCGUUUGGAUUGCGUCGACAUUAAUGAGUGCAGCAAAAAUAAUGGAGGUUGUGAUCAAAAAUGUAUAAACACCCCCGGAAGUUAUUCGUGUGCUUGCAAUACUGGUUAUCAGUUGUACACAUCGAAUGGUACGGCUGGUUACCACAUUGUCCGCUCAGAGUCGGGUGAACGUGAUGGAGAUACUUAUCAGCGUAAUAAGACUUGCGUGCCCCUGAUGUGUCCAGAGUUGGAGGCUCCAGAGAAUGGACAACUGUUGAGUGAUCGCAAUGACUAUCAUUUCGGUGAUGUGGUGCGAUUCCAGUGCAAUUUCGGUUACAUCAUGAGUGGCAGUUCGGCGGCUCUCUGUCUGUCCAGUGGUCAAUGGAAUGCCAGUGUACCAGAGUGCAAUUAUGCAAAGUGUGUUUCUUUGCCGGAUGAUAAAUUGGAAGGCUUAACUGUUGCUCGUCCUGAUCCUGAAUCAGUUUUGGUGCCCUUCCGGGAUAAUGUGACCAUCACUUGUGGUUCGGCUGGACGGCAGCUGCGUGCCACUGCCUCAGCGGGCUUCAGACAAUGUGUCUAUGACCCCAAACCUGGUCUUCCUGACUAUUGGCUUUCGGGCAUGCAGCCGUCUUGCCCACGGGUGGAUUGUUAUGCUCCCAUGCCCACACCAGGAGCAGAAUACGGCCAGUUUGUGGAUACACGCUUCCAAAGUAGCUUCUUCUUUGGCUGUCAGAAUACUUUCAAGUUGGCUGGACAAACAGGACGUCAUGAUAAUGUGGUUCGUUGUGGUGCCGAUGGCAUUUGGGACUUUGGCGAUUUGCGUUGCGAAGGACCCGUGUGCGAGGAUCCCGGUAGACCAGCUGAUGGACGUCAAUUGGCUCGUAGUUAUGAGCAAAGUUCAGAAGUCUACUUUGGCUGCAAUCGUCCUGGCUAUAUCUUAAUUAAUCCACGACCAAUUACCUGCAUCCGUGAGCCAGAGUGUAAGGUUAUCAAGCCGCUGGGCUUGAGCUCCGGUAAAAUUCCCGACUCUGCUAUUAAUGCCACUUCCGAGCGUCCCAACUAUGAGGCCAAGAAUAUUCGAUUGAACUCAGCCACUGGUUGGUGCGGCAAACAAGAAGCCUUUACCUACGUCAGUGUGGAUUUGGGACAAAUCUAUCGUGUUAAGGCCAUUCUAGUCAAGGGUGUGGUAACAAAUGACAUUGUGGGUCGACCCACAGAGAUCCGCUUCUUCUACAAGCAGGCAGAGAAUGAGAACUACGUUGUUUACUUCCCCAAUUUCAAUUUAACCAUGCGUGAUCCUGGCAAUUAUGGAGAGUUGGCCAUGAUUACAUUACCCAAAUAUGUUCAGGCCCGAUUUGUGAUUCUUGGCAUUGUCAGCUAUAUGGAUAAUGCUUGUCUGAAGUUUGAACUGAUGGGCUGCGAAGAACCGAAACAAGAACCAUUAUUGGGCUACGAUUAUGGUUACUCUCCCUGCGUAGAUAACGAACCACCAAUUUUCCAGAACUGCCCACAACAACCAAUCAUUGUGCGCCGUGACGAAAAUGGCGGCGUUUUGCCUGUCAACUUCACCGAACCAACUGCCGUGGAUAAUUCCGGAUCGAUUGCUCGCUUGGAGAUUAAACCACAAAACUUCCGUACACCCAGUCACAUAUUCAAGGACACGGUUGUGAAAUAUGUUGCUUUUGAUUAUGAUGGAAAUGUGGCUAUUUGUGAAAUUAAUAUCACAGUGCCGGAUGUCACUCCCCCACUACUCCAGUGUCCCCAGAGCUAUGUCAUUGAACUUGUAGAUCGUCAGGAUAGUUACAAUGUGAACUUCAACGACACACGCAAGCGCAUUAAGACCUCUGACGAUACUGGUGAAGUGCGUCUACAAUUUAGCCCUGAGAGAGCCACAAUCAAGAUUGGUAACUUUGAGAAUGUGACGGUAACGGCCACAGAUAAGUACAAUAAUCGCGCCAGCUGCCACUUCCAAGUGUCCGUACAAGCCUCCCCCUGUGUGGAUUGGGAACUUCAGCCACCAGCCAAUGGAGCCAUCAAUUGUCUGCCUGGUGAUAGAGGUAUCGAGUGUAUAGCUACGUGCAAAUCUGGAUUCCGUUUCACUGACGGUGAACCUUUGAAGACUUUUUCGUGUGAAACUUCUCGACUAUGGCGACCAACUUCAGUGGUGCCUGAUUGUGUGUCGGAAAAUACGGAACAAGCUGCCUAUCACGUUACUGCCACAAUCACAUAUCGCGCCAAUGGAGCUGUGGCUCAGUCUUGUCUUGGCCAAUAUCAGGAUGUUUUGGCUCAGCACUACAGCGGAUUGAAUCAGCUGCUCUCUCAACGUUGUUCGGCCGUAAAUGUUAAUAUGAAUGUGACCUUCGUCAAGUCAGUGCCUAUGCUGCUGGAAGAAAACGUGGUUAAGAUGGACUUUAUCCUGUCCAUUCUGCCUGCUGUUAGACAACCACAGCUCUAUGAUCUCUGUGGUUCCACACUUAAUCUGAUCUUUGACUUGAGCGUGCCAUAUGCCAGUGCUGUGAUUGAUGAUCUGCUCAACAUCUCCAACAUAGGCAACCAGUGUCCUCCUUUAAGGGCAUUGAAGUCACAAAUAUCACGUGGAUUUAAUUGCAAUGUUGGAGAAGUCUUGAACAUGGAUACCAGCGAUGUGCCACGUUGUCUGCACUGUCCAGCUGGAACAUAUGUGUCCGAAGGUCAGAACAGUUGUACUUACUGUCCACGUGGCUAUUAUCAAAACCGCGAUCGUCAAGGAACUUGCUUGCGUUGCCCAGCUGGUACCUACACCAAGGAAGAAGGAUCCAAAUCUCUCAGCGACUGUAUACCCGUGUGCGGUUAUGGUACCUACUCUCCCACUGGUCUGGUACCUUGCUUAGAAUGUCCACGCAACUCUUUCACAAAUGAACCGCCAACCGGUGGCUUCAAGGAUUGUCAGGCAUGUCCAGCUCAAACGUUUACCUAUCAGCCAUCUGCCUCUAAUAGGGGUCUGUGUCGUGCAAAGUGUGCUCCUGGUACUUACUCGGCCACUGGACUGGCACCAUGUUCGCCUUGCCCAUUGCAUCAUUACCAGAGCGCAGCCGGCUCUCAGAGUUGUAAUGAAUGCCCCAGUAACAUGAGAACAGAUUCGCCCAGCUCAAAGGGACGCGAGCAAUGCAAACCAGUCGUAUGCGGUGAGGGUGCCUGUCAGCAUGGAGGAUUAUGUGUUCCUAUGGGCCAUGACAUUCAAUGCUUCUGCCCGGCUGGAUUUUCGGGACGUCGCUGUGAACAGGAUAUUGAUGAAUGCGCCUCGCAACCUUGCUUUAAUGGCGGCCAGUGUAAGGACCUGCCACAGGGCUAUCGCUGCGAGUGUCCUGCAGGCUAUUCGGGCAUUAAUUGCCAAGAAGAGGCUAGUGAUUGUGGAAAUGACACCUGCCCAGCCCGUGCCAUGUGCAAGAAUGAACCAGGCUUCAAGAACAUUACCUGCCUUUGCCGUAGUGGCUAUACAGGUGAUCAGUGCGAUGUAACCAUUGAUCCUUGCACUGCCAAUGGCAAUCCCUGUGGAAAUGGAGCCAGUUGCUUAGCUUUGCAACAGGGCCGCUACAAGUGCGAGUGUUUGCCAGGAUGGGAGGGUCUUCACUGUGAACAGAAUAUCAAUGAUUGUGCCGAAAAUCCUUGCCUCUUGGGUGCCAACUGUACGGAUUUGGUUAAUGACUUCCAGUGUUCGUGUCCCCCUGGAUUUACGGGUAAACGUUGCGAGCAGAAAAUCGAUCUAUGUCUUUCGGAGCCAUGCAAACACGGAACUUGUGUGGAUCGUUUGUUCGAUCACGAGUGUGUCUGCCAUCCAGGAUGGACGGGACCGUCAUGCGAUGUCAACAUUGAUGACUGUCAGGAUAGACCAUGCGCCAAUGAUGGCGUCUGUGUCGAUUUGGUUGACGGCUACAGUUGCAACUGUGAGCCAGGUUAUACUGGAAAGAACUGCCAACAUACCAUUGAUGAUUGUGCUUCAAAUCCUUGCCAGCAUGGUGCCACCUGCGUGGAUCAAUUGGAUGGCUUUAGCUGCAAGUGCCGACCUGGUUUUGUGGGUCUCAGCUGUGAGGCGGAAAUCGAUGAGUGCUUAAGCGAUCCUUGCAACCCUGUGGGCACGGAACGUUGUUUGGACUUGGAUAAUAAAUUCGAGUGUGUUUGCCGUGAUGGCUUCAAGGGUGCACUCUGUGAAACUGACAUUGAUGACUGCGAAGCUCAACCCUGUCUGAACAACGGCAUCUGUCGCGAUCGUGUUGGAGGAUUUGAGUGCGGAUGUGAACCCGGCUGGAGUGGCAUGCGCUGUGAACAGCAAGUGACAACUUGCAAUGUCCAGGCUCCAUGCCAAAACGAUGCCAGCUGCAUCGAUCUCUUCCAGGACUACUUCUGUGUUUGUCCCAGUGGCACGGAUGGCAAGAAUUGUGAAACUGCUCCAGAGCGUUGCAUUGGCGAUCCAUGCAUGCAUGGUGGAAAGUGCCAGGACUUUGGAUCGGGCUUGAAUUGCAGUUGUCCUGCAGAUUACUCGGGCAUUGGAUGUCAGUAUGAGUAUGAUGCUUGUGAGGAACAUGUUUGUCAGAAUGGAGCCAUCUGCUUGGAUAAUGGCGCCGGCUACAGUUGCCAGUGCCCACCUGGUUUUACAGGCAAAAAUUGUGAACAAGAUAUUGUAGACUGCAAGGACAACUCAUGCCCUCCUGGCGCAAGUUGUGUGGAUUUAACCAAUGGCUUCUACUGCCAGUGCCCCUUCAAUAUGACCGGUGAUGACUGUCGCAAGGCUAUUCAAGUGGACUACGAUUUGUACUUCAGCGAUCCAACACGGUCAACAGCUGCUCAGGUGGUGCCAUUUGCCACAGGCGAAGCUAAUAGUCUAACUCUUGCUAUGUGGGUGCAGUUUGCCCAAAAGGAUGACACAGGAAUCUUCUUCACCUUGUAUGGAGUUGAAUCGGCUCGCAUGACCCAACGACGUCGCUUGUUGCUACAAGCACACUCAAGCGGUGUUCAAGUAUCCCUCUUUGAGGAUUUACCAGAUGUCUUCUUAAGCUUCGGCGAAUACACCUCCGUCAAUGAUGGACAAUGGCAUCAUGUUGCUGUUGUUUGGGACGGAAUUAGCGGACAAUUGCAGUUGAUCACUGAAGGUUUAAUAGCCAGCAAACUGGAAUAUGGAGCUGGUGGUUCUUUGCCAGCAUAUCUUUGGUCUGUCUUGGGACGUCCUCAGCCAGAUACAGUGAAACAUGAUUUGGCCUACUCUGAUUCGGGCUUCCAGGGCACAGUCACCAAGGCUCAAGUUUGGGCUCGUGCUCUAGAUAUCACUUCAGAGAUCCAGAAGCAAGUUCGUGAUUGUCGCUCAGAGCCUGUUCUUUAUGCCGGUCUCAUACUAAACUGGGCUGGCUACGAACUUACCUCAGGCGGAGUGGAACGUAAUGUCCCAUCAAUGUGCGGACAACGCAAGUGUCCAGUCGGCUACACUGGAGCUAAUUGCCAGCAAUUGGUUGUCGAUAAGGAGCCACCAGUGGUGGAGCAUUGUCCUGGUGAUUUGUGGGUUAUUGCUAAGAACGGAUCUGCUGUAGUUACCUGGGAUGAACCGCAUUUCAGUGAUAAUAUUGGUGUUACCAAGAUCUAUGAGCGUAACGGACAUCGUUCGGGUACCACACUCCUUUGGGGAACUUAUGAGAUAACUUACAUUGCCUCCGAUGCGGCUGGAAAUACGGCCUCUUGUAGUUUCAAGGUGUCUCUGUUAACUGAUUUCUGUCCUCCUUUGGCCGAUCCUGUGGGUGGUUCUCAGGUCUGCAAGGAUUGGGGUGCUGGUGGUCAAUUCAAAGUAUGUGAAAUUGCCUGUAACACAGGAUUGCGUUUCUCAGAGCCAGUGCCAGAGUUCUACACUUGCGGUGCUGAAGGCUUCUGGCGUCCCACACGCGAACCAUCAAUGCCAUUGAUUUACCCAUCAUGUUCACCGGCUAAGCCUGCUCAACGUGUGUUCCGCAUCAAGAUGUUGUUCCCUUCGGAUGUGCUUUGUAAUAAGGCUGGGCAGGCAGUACUGCGACAAAAGGUUACCAACUCGGUGAAUGCUUUGAAUCGUGACUGGAACUUCUGUUCUUACGCCAUCGAAGGAACGAGGGAAUGUAAGGACAUACAGAUCGAUGUGAAGUGCGAUCACUAUCGUGCAGCCCAGAACAACCGUGUGCGUCGUCAGGUCAAGGACGGUGGCGUAUAUGUAAUGGAAGCUGAGUUGCCUGUGGUCAACGACGAUGAUGAUCUUACACUGACAGGGGGUCGUCAGGGACGCCAACAAACUGGCGGUGAUACAUACACUCUGGAAAUAGCCUUCCCGGCUGUUAAUGAUCCUGUGAUCCAUACCUCGACUGGCGAACGCUCAAAUGUCAAGCAAUUGUUAGAGAAGCUCAUUCUAGAGGAUGACCAAUUUGCCGUUCAGGAUAUUCUGCCAAAUACUGUGCCAGAUCCAGCAUCCUUGGAAUUGGGCUCUGAAUAUGCCUGCCCUGUUGGUCAGGUGGUAAUGAUACCAGAUUGUGUUCCCUGUGCCAUAGGCACUUUCUACGACACUGCCAAUAAGACUUGUAUACCUUGUGCUCGUGGCGCUUACCAAUCGGAGGCUGGCCAGCAACAGUGCAGCAAAUGUCCAGUCAUCGCAGGACGUCCCGGAGUUACAGCCGGUCCUGGAGCUCGCUCGGCAGCCGAUUGCAAAGAACGCUGCCCGGCUGGCAAGUACUUCGAUGCCGACACUGGUCUAUGUCGCUCAUGCGGUCACGGAUUCUAUCAGUCGAACGAAGGAGCCUUCAGUUGUGAGCUUUGCGGAUUAGGUCAGACAACACGCUCAACAGAAGCCACCUCCCGCAAGGAAUGCCGCGAUGAAUGUAGUUCCGGACAGCAAUUGGGUGCCGACGGACGUUGCGAACCUUGCCCACGGGGUACCUACCGAUUGCAAGGAGUGCAACCCUCUUGUGCUGGUUGCCCUCUGGGACGCACUACCCCCAAGGUGGGAGCUAGCUCUGUGGAAGAAUGUACUCUGCCUGUAUGCUCACCUGGUACCUAUCUUAAUGGUACGCUCAAUAUGUGCAUUGAGUGCCGCAAGGGCUUCUAUCAGUCGGAGUCACAGCAAACCUCUUGCAUCCAGUGUCCACCGAAUCAUAGCACCAAAAUUACUGGAGCCACUUCGAAGAGCGAGUGUACUAAUCCUUGUGAGCACAUUGCCGAGGGCAAGCCGCAUUGUGAUGUAAAUGCCUACUGUAUUAUGGUGCCAGAGACUUCGGACUUCAAGUGUGAAUGUAAGCCAGGAUUCAAUGGCACUGGCAUGGCCUGUACAGAUGUCUGUGAUGGCCAUUGCGAGAAUUCGGGAGCUUGUGUUAAGGAUCUUAAGGGUACGCCAUCGUGCCGUUGCGUGGGCUCAUUUACGGGUCCCCAUUGUGCCGAGCGUUCCGAGUUUGCCUACAUAGCUGGUGGUAUCGCAGGAGCGGUGAUCUUUAUUAUAAUCAUAGUGCUGCUAAUUUGGAUGAUUUGUGUGCGAUCGACCAAGAGGCGUGAUCCCAAGAAAAUGCUUACUCCAGCCAUUGAUCAAACGGGUUCGCAGGUUAACUUCUACUAUGGAGCACAUACACCGUACGCAGAGUCCAUAGCUCCAUCGCAUCAUAGCACUUAUGCCCAUUACUAUGACGACGAGGAAGAUGGCUGGGAGAUGCCAAAUUUCUACAAUGAAACAUAUAUGAAAGAUGGACUACAUGGCGGAAAAAUGAGCACAUUGGCUAGAUCCAAUGCAUCGCUCUACGGAACUAAAGAAGACUUAUACGAUCGACUGAAACGUCACGCCUAUACGGGCAAGAAAGAAAAGAGUGACAGUGAUAGCGAAGUGCAGUAAACAAUCAACGAAAACAAUUUUAGAACAAGAAUAUAUAACUCUAAAAGCUGCUUUAUCAUACAAUUUUGUGGUCAUAAAUGGAAUGUAGAGGCAAAGUACUAACCAUUGCCUACCCUCAAAUACUCAUUCAUAGAAGCGAAUCAUUAGUAUGAACACAAAAAUAAAAAGUUAGCCUAGCAUUGAAUCGACGUAAUAGUUUGAGUUCAUAAAUCCAUUGAAACUUUGACAAUUACGUGACUUAAUGCUAAGCUUUGUAACAAAAUGAAAAUAGAAAAGAAACAAGAUAACAAGAUUCUUAUAAAUUAGUAACUUCCAUAUGUGCUCUUUAGAUAUGAAAGAAGAAGAAAUCACUAAAUGAAAUUAAGUCGAA